CGAUGGAGCCGGCGGGCAGCGAGGGCGUCCCGGGCUCCUCUGCAGGAAUAAAAGACAGAAAAGAACAUCAAGCAUGGUACUUGAAAAUAUCAAAGCUGGCACUGGCAUUGGCAAUUAUCCAUUCAAAGCCUCCAGAAAAAAGCAGCAAAGAAUACACAGAGCAUCUUGCUAAAAUUAUUUCUGGACAGGAUUUUAAAUGGAGAUCAAAAGUUGAAGCAUUAGAAGCUGAAGUCCUUAGAUUACGUCAGGAGCUUCUUUUGAACAAGAUCUGUCCAAGAUUCUGCUUGGAAAAUAGAAACCCAGAUGCCUUUACUGAAAUUCUGCUGGAUCAGGAACAUAUAAACCCUAUAAUAAAUUGCUCAAGUCAGCUAGAAGAUUCUGGGUGUGAUGUAUCUAGUGACUGUGUAUUUGAUACUGUAGACAUAUCACAUAACUUUGGGCACUCUGAGCACAGUUGUAACACUUCAUCUUGUACGUUUAAUUCUGAAAUACUUCCUAUAUUGAAUACCCAUUGUACUAACAAGGAAAAAACUCUGGCUGCUCACAUGCAGUUCUUGCAACAUCUCCUUGAACUAAGAAAACUGACAGAAGCAGGAGGUCUGAAAACAGUCUUUACAAAGCUUGAAAGCGACUGCUCCACAAUAUCAGAUUCUGUCUCUCGAUUGCUUGAUGGCCUGCUUACUUUUUACAAGAAUCCUAAAUUUCCUGUCUCAAAUUUUCUGACAGAAGCAGUUUCUGUUUUGAUCAAUUUAAUAACUGAUGCUAAUUUAUCUAAUCAUGUUCUGAAAAUGUGUUUUGAGAAGCUAGAAGAAUUUAAGAAAAACCUAGUUCAGAUUAUUUUAAGCAACAGCAAUAUCAAUAGGUUUCAGGUGCAGUAUCCCGUGUCCCACACUCUUGUUUUGCUGGGAAGAUGCAACAUAUUAAGAAAGUCUAUAAUAUCUCUGCUGUUAUCUGAAGUAAAUCAAUUUGCUGAUGAGUUGCAGCAAGCCCACCAGAUUGAGGCCAAGUAUAAUGUUACCCAAUAUGAGAAUAUUUUUUCUCUCUGCAUGAUUUUGGAACAGCUUCUUCAGAAGGGGACAGGAGAAGGUAACAUUUCAAGCUCGGACUAUGAUGGAGAAGAAAAAAACAAAUUUCUGCAGAACCUUGAUCAAAUUAUUCUCCAUCUUGCUGAUGAAUUCCCAUUGUUUUCGGUUUAUAUGUGGAGACUGGGUGCUCUUUUGAACUCAUCUCAAAUGCAAAUUGUCUAAAACAGACAGGCUUCUUUUUAGCAGUAUAUUCAUUAUAGCUGUGGAAAACCAGAGCAUGAAAAUGGUCACUACUGAAAGACUUUCAAUGAUUAUACUAAACAACAAUAUCUAAGAUAAUGUGGUUGUUUUUCCAUUCUUCAUAUAGAAAAGAGUGAUAUCUUGAAUGCCACUGUGUAGUAACUGUGCGUAAAUGUUGGCUUUUAUUAUGGAAACUCCUGUGUAUUACAUUGUCUACAUGAAUGGAAGUUGAGCAGCAAAGUCAUUUUAUGUGAUAUUUAGAAUAAGUAAAUAAAAUGAACUUUUAGAUUAAGUCCAAGACUUUAAAAAAUUGAGUGCUCCAGUUAGGCUCAUGAAUCCAUAUUUAGGCACAUAAAUAAGUGGCAUAACUUUCAAAAGCGCUGCUCAACCAGAAGUUUCUGUAUGUUUCAGUGGGAGCUAUUGAAUACUCAGCACUUUUGACAAUCAGACCAUUUAUUUAGGUGCCUAAAUAUGGACUCACAAGGCUAACUGUAGGCAUCCAUGAUUUUAUUUUAUUACAGUUUUAAAUUUUGGCCAAUAUGUUAAGGUUAAAUUGUAUAUAGCGAAGAUUUCUAUGCUGUGGUGGAAAUACAGAUAUAUAUUCAUAUGCAGAAGCUUUGUUGUUUUCAGAAAAAAUGAAAUAAGUACAGCUAUAACUUAGAUAAUUUUUUCACAUUCUCCUAGGUCUAUUGUAGUCUCCAACUUAACCAAAAUAUUUUGUUUUAUGUCAGAUAUAACCAAUGUUUAAUUUGUCUAUUUUUAUCCUUUUCUCACUUUCAGCAAACAUUGCAUAUACACUAAUUGUACGUGCAUAAACACUGAGCCAAAUUCACUCUGAAUUAACUCAGCUGUAGUUAACGGAGUUGCACCUGUAUUAAUUUAGCUCAUUUUGUAAUUGCUUGGACCUAAAAAUCCUAAGUUAGACAGAUAAAAUCCCAUUUAAAUGUUCAUACAUUAUAUCUAAUUUUUGGAUUUUCAUUUCUUUGUACAGGAUUUACAUAAAUAUUUACAUACUUUAGUAGGAAUCUUCUUAAACAUAAAAACUUUAAAAUUUGGGCCCAACAGUUAUUACAGUGAUCCAGAAUUUUUGUUACAUUUUAGCAAUUACCCUCCAAAUACAUUACAAUUUUCUCAGGGAGAUCAAACAAUAUUAAUAUCCUUAUGAGUUCUAUUAGUGAGAUUCGCUUAUAAAUUAAAUAUUUUAAAUAUUUCAACAGUUUCUUCCCAUCACAAAGUUUGCUUCAUAUCGAUUUUAAUGUGUUUUUAUUUGUUACUAAAAUUCAGUGAAACACCUCUUCAGUAACAUUGGAAAGAUGUUUGUAUUAAAUGUGAAUGCAUAUUAUUUUAAUGAUCGAAACUGUAUUUUCUAAAUAUUAAUAUAUUUUUGCAAUAAUGUUGCAACAGAACAACACUCCUGUUAUAUAGGCAUAACUGGGCCAAUAAGGCAAUUGUCUUGUGAUUUCUG